AUGCUCUCGCUCGCCUCCGCCCCGCGCGCGCGCGCCGCGCUGCUCGCCGCGUCGCACGGCCGACGCCCGACGCUGCGCGUGCCUCCCCAUGUGAUCCGCGUGCUGUCGACGCGUCCGACGGCCGAAGUGGCCGCGGCCACGAGCUCCAAGGCGGCGGCCACCGCUGCAAUUGACGCGGCCGACGUGGCGCCGCUGGCCAACGCGGCGGCGGACAUGACGCUCAAGGAGCGCCUCGCGAUCUACAGUCAGCUGGGCAAGGCGCGCCUCAGCGCGCUGGUGGUCAUGACCACGGGCGCGGGCUUCCUCAUGGCCGGCGGACCAAUCUCCUGGAGCACCUUCGCCGCCGCCACGGUGGGCACGUCGCUGGCCGCGGCGUCGGCCAACACCUUCAACCAGUGCUGGGAGGUGGAGCUGGACGCCAAGAUGCAGCGCACGCACCGCCGCCCGCUGCCGUCGGGCCGCAUCUCGCGGCCGCACGCGCUGGCCUUUGGAGCUGCGACGGCCACGGCCAGCACGGCCAUCCUGGCUGCGGGUUGCAGUCCGUUGGUGGCAUCGCUCGGCGCGCUCAACAUCGGUCUCUACUCGCUCGUCUACACGCCGAUGAAGAUGAAGAGCGAGUUCAACACGUGGGUGGGCUCCGUGGUUGGAGCCAUCCCACCCGUUAUGGGCUGGGCUGCUGCCACGGGCACGAUUAUGGCGCCCGAAGCUGCACUGCACGCGUACCUGAUGUACUGCUGGCAGAUGCCGCACUUCUUCGCGCUGAGCUGGCGGUCCCGCAAGGACUACGGCCGCGGCGGGUACAAGAUGGUGGCGUGCAACGACCCCACGGGAUCUCGGAGUGCUGCGCUGGCGCUGCGCUACUCGUACUACAUGGGCGCGAUCCCGAUUGUGGCCGCGCUCACGGACGCCACGAGCUACAUGUUCGCGGUCGAAGGAACGGUGGUGAACGCGUACACCAUUUACCUGGCGCACAAGUUCUACGCGAAGCCCAGCAACGCCUCCGCGCAGAAGGUCUUCUUGGCGUCGCUGUGGUACCUGCCUGUCAUUAUGGGCUGCAUGGUACUGCACAGCCAGCAGUGGAUGGACGAAGAGGAGGUUGAAGCCAAGAAGGAGGCGAACGUUUGGCGCGAGGCAUUUUUGGGCGAGGUGGAGAACUUCCAGUCGACGGACCCCUCGGCAACUAUCGACGAGAGCUCCAUGUCUGCGUGGCUAGUGUCCAAGGUGCGCGCGGUUCGCCAUAGCCUUCGGGAUAUCUGCAUCCACGAGAGUCUGUGGGGAGUGAAGGACGGCCAGCACCACGCUGAUGAGUCGAACGUGUUGUGCCCGGUGCACGUUGGCCACCAGGCCAAGGAGACCGUGGCCAUCACCGCACAAGCUUCCCGGAAGGACUUGUAGACUUGUCCGUAUUGAAGAACUAUGUGUAAAGAGCAGCAACAAAAAGGCAGAUAGCGGCAGGCAUCAUACAGACUGUCGGCAGCACCAGAUAACAAGAAAAGCGUUGGCACGGGCGCAAAAAGCGCCCAGGCUUGAUUCAGUCU